GUCUAGGCUUAAGACUUGUCUGUGAAACCGGGGGUUAGAGUAUCUGAUUUUAACAACACUUAAGUAUUUUACUCAGACGUCCCAGUGAAAAACAAGAAAUUUGUGAGCAGAGCAAUUAUGUUUAUUGUCUAAAAUCGAAAUGAAAAUGAACACCUGAAAAUGUCAAUAAAUCACAGUUGAUACAACAGCCUCUCAAGCUCAAGCGCUCAAAAAGGGUAUAUAUAAACCAAUAUCUUUCACUAUAACGGACAGGCCUUAAAUAAAAAUGUUAAAUUAAAAAGUCAAAGCCUGCUUGCACCGGACGUGCUGGUUUUGGCCCCAUGAUCAUCGCCGGUUGCAGUUGUCUUCAUCUCAAAUAUAAAACACCCGCUAAUGCACUUAAAUUUGUGUAAAGCAGCGUUGUUGUAAGGGCAAAGAGUAAGGGCAAAACGCACAAGAUAUAGUACCUUUCACACCCUGUAGAUGGCGAUAUCACUUCUUUUGCAGCAGAAAUAAACUGCUGCAGAAAAAGUUAGGUGCCAUGCAAAAUGUAACGGAAAAAUGUCAUUACUCAUCAUAAAUGUAGCCUAUUUGAGUACAUAUACUUAUUUAAAAAUGUAGUCUCAGUAUAUCUCAGUAAAACUACAAAGAAGCUACAACUAAUUACAUUUAGGGUCAAUUCAGGGUGAUUGGGACACAUUUUCACCAUUGAGGUGACUUGGAAAAAGCAUCCCAAUCAACAUGGAUUCACCCUACUCAAAUACUUUACACCACUGUCUGUAACACAAUAUUCAGUAAAUAGAGAUUUGUUUAAUGUCUGUUAUUCUGUUAGGUGAAGAUAACAAGGAUUUUGAAUUUAUAGGGCCCAGAUAUAACUUUUAUGGGAGUGUCCUCCCCCAUUUACCCAGCAAUGUAAAGUUACAUUCCCAGUUGCAAAUGACAAUCCUGAAGUUGUGUUAUUACAUGCACUUAAAUGUAAAUGCAAGCGUAUUCACCCUAUUCAACUUAAAAACAAAUCCAAAAACCAAAUUUAGAUUGGUUUACAUGGGUUCUCAUAAAGCAAAAACAUUUAUUUAGUAACUGAAAGCUAAUGUAAAGUUACUAAAUACACUUAAUUCUUAAUUUUGAAAGAAACUGCACCAACAUUGAAUUUGUAAACAAUUAUUUUAUGUUUAUACCUCAAUUAUUGCUAAUAUUCUAACCAAUGGAAUUUCUGUCCCUUGCAUUUUGCCUUUUUCCCUUUAUACCUUCUAAACGUAAAACAGCUGAUGUUCUUUUUUCUCCUCCUCUAUGUGUCCGUGUCUAUAAUUACAGCAUCUGAUUGGUUGACUCACUUGGCAAGAGAAGGCCAAUCGUAGUGUUGGAAGCAGCAUGUACUUGGCCCCAUGGGAUGCACCUUUUUUGUUUUUAAUUAUCAAGGUUGGGUUUAAAUUGUGGCCAGGUUCUCAGCGGUGGCACAGUCGGUGUACAGGGGUGUGUUGAGACUGUAGUACACGAGGGGAUUGGCUCACCUUCCUCUUCCAGUCAGUCAGCUGCAGAGCUGAACUUCGAGGCCCAGUCGGCUGUCACAGACUGCCUCUCUUCAGCGGUUCACGUCACCACAUCCUAACACAGGAAUCAGGAAGGUUAAGAAUGGCUCGUUUGAGAGGAUCUUCCGUCUUCCAUGUGUUGCUGCUAGCAACAUUAUUAUUACCAGAGCUUCUGUUGGCUGGCCCUGUGAUCCAGCGUUUAAAAGGAGAUGAUGGAAGUGACGAAAAGGCAGGCGUUGAGGCAAGCCCAAAGAGACUGAUCCGUAACAGGAGAAACAUCAGUUGGUACAAGCAGCACUCUGACUUCUGGAGCUGGUACAAAUACUUCACUGAUAAUGGGAACCAAGAAGGAGUUGCAGAUCUGGAUCGCGUCUAUCUGGCAUACUUGCAGAACAAGAAUCGGGCUGAGGCACGUCGUUCCUACAAGAUGUACCUGCAGCACCUUGGCGACAUCUACAAGUCUUGUGCCGAGUCUGAUGACCCAAACUGCGUGGCCUCAUACACCAACAGACCCAAGCCCAAGGCUGAGCCACCAGCACCUGCACCAAUCAAGUCUUGUGACCCAUACAAAGACCCGUAUUGCAUGUACUCGAAGGGAUACUCAUAUUACCCAUACCUGGCUCCGGCCCCAGCUGCUGUCAAAGCCCCUGCACCUGCUCCAGUGAAAGCCCCAGCUUACCUCCACACCCCUGUGGUGAAGGAUCCACGUUCCGGUUACUACUACCACUCUCCAUUGGUGCAACCCUUCCUGUCAGCUGAGCAGAGAGCCGAGUUAUUGCGCAUCUGUGAUGCAGAAGAUGUUGAGUGUCUCCAGUACCACCUCCGUGCUGCUUACGGAUACAAGCCCGCUGCUGCCCUGGCCCCAUCCUACGCCCAUCUCGGCUGCGACCCUAAGAAAGACCCUCACUGCGUCCCCCAUCUGGUCCAGAAGGCGCCGUCUGGUCUGUACCUGCGUUAUCCCCAUUGUGACCCUCGGGUUGACCCAUACUGUGCUUAUGCUGCUGCUCUGGCAUCAUCGCAGAACCUCGAAGCCCCACCUUCUGGUUUGGAGAGACCCUGCAACCCUCUCUAUGACGAUAACUGCAACCCCCUUACAGCCACAAGGUUUGGAAGCUUGGCCUCUGGAGAUCUGAAGGACGAGCCCGCCUCUGAAGCCGGCGCCAUGCGCGCACCUCCAAGCCCUCGUCACGACCCUUAUGCCAUGUACCGAGAUGCAUCUGCCGGGGCUGACCUGCGAAGACACCUGCCUACACAGCUUCAACCUCCGAGGCACCAACCAGAGGAACCUCAACAUCCUUUGGGACCCCGCGGGAAGACCAAAGAGGGCUAUGACUGUUUCAUCGGGUAUGAUGAAGAGUGCUUCCCACUGGGUUCCCAAAACGAACCCCGUCCUGCUGUGCACAGACAGCCAUCCUACCCGACCGAAGCCUACGAGCCCCACCUGAAUGCUGAUGGAUCCAGAAAUGGGGUGAUCGAGCCUGAUCCCGACUGCGAUCCUGAGUACGACAGAAACUGCCGCUUGCGCCGCUAUGAGCCUGAGGCGGCCGAACCCGCCAGUCCUUUACCUCAACAGGAGCUUCCAGCCCAGGAGCAGUCCCACAGGGAGGUGCCCCAGCAUCGAGAAGAGUCCUACCCUGAGACCCCAGGCUAUGACCAGCAACAAUACGAGCCCUACAUGAGCGGACAAGAGGAUCCAUACGCAGGAUACGGCCCCCAGGAACCAGGAGCAACUAGUUUUCAGGAUGUCCUGAGAGGAUAUGGUGGUCGGUAUCCUGGCCAGGAUGACCACCGUGCCUACAAUGGAGACUACAGAAAGAAAUAAAUACCUGUGACAAUGAAUAGUAGAUCAGGUCAGGAUGUGUGUUUUUUGUAGAUAAAUAUUGAAAUGCACACUUGUAGAAAAGGUGCACAUGUCACAGUAUUUCACAUGGUUCACACAAUAUUUUCGAGAGCUGCUGAAAUUUCCUAGCUCUGGAGUUUGACAGCACUUGUAUAGGGAAAAAAUGUUUCUUGCUGACUCUUUUAGCCCAUGUAACCUGAUUGUGUGUUGCAGCUUCUCUAGGGGAUUGACUUUUAGACAGAGAGAGUGUUUUCUGCUCUGUUUUCUAAUAGAGUAGCACUCUUCCUAGCUCUUCAUAUCUUUUAGGAGGGAAAAAUAAGCCAAACAAAGUGUAUAAAAGAUCAAUAGUAUACUUGAAUAUACUGUAAUAAUGAUCACCUCUCCCAUUUUGGAUAGAUUUACCAGACAAUCUCCAUUCAAAUUAAUAUUUAAUGAACUUCUGGGCCCUUGCUUGUUUGUAUUCUUUUUUAAAUUGCCAAAUUGAUGCUUUGUGAUGUGUUUGCAUAUUUGUAAUAUGUUUUUCUUUGAAUGUUUCAAAUAAAAGCUUUAAAGAUC